CUUCUAGGAUCUUGUCCGCAGACUUCUCGACGUUGAUGCAUCUAAGAGGCCGACCGCCAAACAGAUCCUUCAACAUCCAUGGAUCACCCAUAGAAAUAGCAUGCCAGCGAAUACCAUUGUGAACAACGUCUACAACGUCGAAUCUGUAAAGGGAGCUUUGGAGCAAACUUACCGUGCUUUAACCACAACAAGUGCCGUAAAUCUACGUCCAGUGAACGCUUCAGCGUUAGCGAAACGUCGCCUUACGCAAUUGCCAAAAAUGGGCAUCUGCUCGUCAUGA